UGGGCUCGGAAGACGCGAAAAGCAACGUCACCCUCAGCUGGAAACCUCCCACUCGACCAAACCACCCCGUUCGCCUUCUUGACGCUCCUUUUUGUCCUCAACCCCGCGGCGCGACUCGUUCGCUACUCUCCUUAAAACGCCCUCUCGAGCAGCGCUCACGCCAAUCGCCGAAACGACCAGCAUGGCGCCCACCAAGAAGACAUCGUCCAAGGACGUCUACUCGGUCAUCCUACCCACCUUCAACGAGCGCCAGAACCUGCCCAUCAUCACCUGGCUGCUUAACAAGACCUUUACCGAGCAAAACCUCGACUGGGAGCUCAUCAUCGUCGACGACGGCUCGCCCGACGGAACGCAAGAUGUCGCCAAGCAGCUCAUCAAGGCUUUCGAGCCGCACGUCCAGCUGCAUCCCCGCACUGGAAAGCUUGGUCUGGGAACUGCCUACGUCCACGGCCUGCAGUUUGCCAAGGGCAACUUUAUCAUCAUCAUGGACGCCGACUUCUCCCACCACCCCAAGUUCAUCCCGCAAAUGAUCGCCAGGCAAAAGACGGCCGACUACGACAUCGUGACGGGCACGCGGUACGCGCCGGGCGGCGGCGUGCACGGCUGGGACCUGAAGCGGCGCAUGACGUCCAAGGGCGCCAACAUCCUGGCCGACACGUUGCUGCGGCCGGGGGUCAGCGACCUGACGGGCUCGUUCCGGCUCUACAAGCGCGCAGUGCUCGAGAAGCUGUUCGAGACUACCGACGUGCGCGGCUUCAGCAUGCAGAUGGCGCUCGCCGUCACGGCCAAGGCCGUCGGCUUCACCAUCGCCGAGGUGCCCAUCACGUUUGUGGACCGUGUCUACGGCGACUCCAAGCUGGGCGGGGAGGAGAUUGUCGAGUACGCCAAGGGUGUGUUUUCGCUGUGGGCGAGGGUAUAGGCCGAGGAUGGGCUGGCGCAUUUGCUCGGUCCGGUCGGGCAUUGGGUGGUGAGGUUAGGGAAGGCGGUCUCAAUAAUACCCAGUAAUUCCAUCUAUGUUUGUCAA